AAAUUCAGAGGUUGGGCGUAAGGUUGGUCCUCGCCGGGUCCAAGUAUCUCCCGUGAUCUAUACAGGCAUUGAAAUCGCCUCCCAUACAACCGCUGCCUUCUCAUCCCCUUUACUGUAUGUAUUACCCACCAGCGACUGGCACCCACCCCACACACACCAACUGAUCACCCCACGUUCAGCCUUGAAACAGCACAAAAUAUACAACAAAAGGAGAAGGAAGCACAAUUCUUACGAAAAAACAGAAAUAACGUCGUUUUUUUUUGUUCUUGUUAUUUGAAGAAAAAAAAAAAGAGAAGCCAAAACAUCUGCCAAGAAAAGAACCAGAAGAAGGCGUCAGUCAGUGGAGACUUGGGCAUUUCUUUCAAAGCGAUCCAAAUCCAGUAAAAAAAAAGGCAGCUUAAGGAAAGAAGGAAGGAAAUAUGGCCAGAGAUAAAGCGAAAGAAAACGGCGGAGGCUGGAAGAAAUUCAUCUGGAAUUCCGAGAAGAAGGAGUUUUUGGGGAGAACGGGUGGCAGUUGGUUUAAAAUCUUGCUAUUCUACUUGGUCUUCUAUGGCUGUUUAGCUGGUAUAUUUAUUGGGACCAUUCAAGUGCUACUUUUAACGAUCAGUGAAUAUGAACCAAAGUAUCAAGAUCGUGUGGCACCACCAGGAUUGACACAGGUACCUAAGGCGUUUAAGACUGAGAUCUCCUAUAAGCUGAACGACCCUGCAACGUAUGAGGAGUACGUGAAAAGCAUCGAGAACUUUUUGGCAAAAUACAACGAAAGCUUACAGCGUGACCCAAAAGUCUUUGAAGAUUGUUCAAAGGUGCCUGGUACCUACUAUGACAGGGGAACUCUGAAGACUCAUGAACAGAGGAAAUCAUGUGUGUUUGACCGUGCCUGGCUUGGGGACUGUUCUGGCCAGAAUGACCCAACUUAUGGAUUCAAAGAUGGGAAGCCGUGCGUGAUUGUUAAAUUGAACAGGAUUGUAGGCUUCAAGCCACGGCCUCCUGUAGACAACAGCAGCCUACCAGCAGAUAUUGCUUCUUUCAACCCAUUCACCAUUCCAAUUCACUGCCAAGGCAAGAGAGAGGAAGAUGUGCCUAAUAUCAAAUCGAUUGCUUACUUUGGAAUGAACGGGGAAGCGGGAUUUCCCCUGCAAUACUAUCCUUACUAUGGAAAGCUGCUCCAACCCGACUACCGCCAGCCCCUCAUUGCUGUGCAAUUCACUAACAUUUCCUUGGUGGAGGAAGUUCGCAUCGAGUGCACGGCAUACGGUGAAAAUAUAAAGUAUAGCGACAAAGACCGUUUCCAGGGACGUUUUGAUAUUAAGUUUGACAUAAAGAGUAGCUGAUCAUAGCACAAUCUGUGUAAAACCCAAUUAAAAUAUUUAAAAAAACGAAAAAAAAAAUCAAACCCUUCUAGUCUUGAACAAACUGUCAUGUAUGGGACCUACACUAAGUAUAUAUAUAUGCUUUACACUAGCUUUCGGCAUUUACUAGGUUAGAAUGUAAAAUCAAGUGUAGCAAUAGCAACAAAUAUUUAUUCUACUGUAAAUGAUAAAGAAAAAAAUUGAAUGACUUGAACCUUGGGACAUGCCCAUUUUGCUUUAAAUGUAUGAUUCCAUAAUCAAAAUGUAGUUUCAAGCAGUGUGCCUGGCCCCAAACUAUUGCUACUGUUGUAUUCUAUUUUUUUUUCUGUGUGUACUUUGUAAACAUAACACAUGUACCACACAUUUUGCAAUUUCUGCCAAGCCAUGUUUUGUUGUAUUUUUCUUCUUUGUGAGCAUCUUUGCAGUUCGGGUUGUAAAUACUCUGUAAUGGGAAUAAUACUGGCACAUUUUUUUUUUUUUUUCUUCUCAUGUUGCAACGUGAAACAGAAGUGAGAGGUGGGUGGAUGUGGCCAAUCAGCAAAAUCAUUUAACCCUUUGUGUUUCAAAUGCAUAUGCUCUCAUCCUGGGUUAAUAGCACUCCAUGAAGCCCUUUUUUAAUGCUUUUAAUUUUUAUUCGGAUGAAGGGGAGGGGUUUCUUUACCUUAAUUUUUUUUAAUUAUUCUUAUUAAAGCUUCACUUUAAUGCAAGCGGUGAUGGGUUUUGCUGUGUCCCCCCCCCUCCAUUUUAUUUAAUGCUUCUUUCAAAAAUCCUCCCUCCCCCUUAAUAGUAUGAAGGUGUGAAAGGCUUGGGUCCGACUGUGACUAUUGCGAGGAAUAGGGCUAUUGUGUUGCGUUCUAUAUAUAUAUAGUUUCUUUUUUUUUUUUUUUUCGUUUUGUUCAGGAAGCAUCACAGUUUGGUGCUGUGUCUUUACAAAUGUUUUAACCAUUUUCAUGGUGGAAGAAUUUUAUAUUUAUGCAGUUGUACAAUUUUUAUUUUUCUUCAAGAAAAAGUAAUGUAUGAAAUAAACCAAAGUCACAUGUUGAAAAAUAAAUCUUUAUUUUAAACAACUUUUAGAAAAGGCAAUGCAGUAUCCCAUAGGAUGUAUUAAUGUCUACUGUGCGCACAUUGUUCGAACAUCUGUAACAUUUGCCAGGAGUACAGUGCUCUUGUUCUAUCAGUCAAGUUGGAACAUCAGACAAAUAAAAUUAAUAAACC